AUGAUAUUUGGAAAAUCAAACCCUGUUCCUCCUCGUCUGAACAUUAAAAUACCCGAGACAAAUGCAAACAUAUUUUCAAAACUCACCUUCUGGUGGAUUAACGAUUUAAUGAGCUUAGGUUACAAACGUCCUUUGGAAAAAGAAGAUCUAUUUGUUUUGAAUGACGCAAGAACUGCUAAAAUUGUUACUGAUAAAUUUGAAGCAGAAUGGAAAAAAGAAGUUGAAAAAAUUGCGUUAGGAAAGAAACCAUCUUUAAUAAAAGCUCUAUAUAGAGUUUUGUGGGUUAGAUUUUGCUUGGCGGGUAUAGUUAGAUUUUUUAGUGAUUUAUUUGCAGCUAUUUCACCUUUGAUUUUAAGAGCCGCUCCUAUUCAAAUUUGUAUAAUAUUGAGUUUGUUAGUAUUUAAUAUUGGGCCAUCUGCAUUAGCAGGUUUUGCUUUAUUGGUGAUAUUGUGCCCUAUGCAAUGGAAGGUUAUGUCAUUAUUGGCACGUACUAGGGCUAAAGCCGCUGGUAUUACAGAUGAACGAGUAAAAUCAAUACAAGAAAUUUUAUUAGGGAUUAGAGUGAUUAAAUAUUAUGCUUGGGAAGAUAGUUUUGCAGAUGCUCUUAAUAAAUUAAGAAAUAAAGAGAUUAGUUUAGUUAGGUUUUUGUUAACUAUUAAAGCUACAAUUACAGGUGUUUCAUUGGUCUAUCCAAUACUUGCUAGUAUCUUAUCAUUUAUAACAUUCUCAUUGACAGGAGGCAACCUUGACGUUGAAAUCGUAUUCUCUUCUUUAGCAUUAUUCAACCUUCUCCUAAUACCUUUAAUGUUCCUGCCAGUAGCUAUAGCUUCUAUUAGUGAUGCCUACGUAUCAAUUAACCGUAUAAAUGACUUUUUGCAGGCUGAUGAAUUAUCAGUUUUACCGGGAAUCAAUCCGGACGAACAAUAUGCUAUUAAAGUUACUGAUGGUGAAUUUGUCUGGGAAAGUGCUCCACCAGAAGAAGUUACUGAUGAUUCAAAAAAAGAAAGGAAAAAAGAAAAAAGGUCAGAAAAUCAUAAAAAAAGUGAUAAAAGUGAAAAUGAUUCUUCUCCCAUUAUUAGUAACGAAAAGGCUCUAGACACCUUUACAGCUUUGACACAUGCUGAUUUAGCUGAAAACUUUGAAAAUUCUCAUCCAUUUUCUCCAAGGUCUCAACUUUGUAAUAUUAAUGUCUCAAUACCUCAUGGAAAGUUAAUUGCCAUUGUUGGUUCCGUAAGGUCUGGUAAAUCUUCAUUAUUGUCAGCUCUGGUUGGUGAAAUGAAAAAAAUUAAAAGAGAGGUCUUAUUUGGAGGAAAUGUUGGGUAUUGUCCUCAAAGUGCGUGGAUUCAAAACGCUACACUUAGGGACAAUAUUACUUUUGGAUUACCUUUUGAUAAAGAAAAAUAUCGACAAGUGAUUAAAGAUUGUUGUCUAGAACAAGAUUUAAAAACACUGCCUAAAGGUGACUCGACCGAAAUUGGAGAAAAAGGAAUUAAUUUAUCUGGAGGACAAAAACAACGUGUCAACCUCGCAAGAGCUGUGUACUAUGGUGCAGAUAUCGUGUUAUUAGAUGAUCCAUUAUCGGCAGUUGAUGCACAUGUUGGAAAAGACUUAUUCACAAACUGUAUUCAAGGUGCAUUUGCCGAAAAAACACGGUUAUUUGUUACACAUCAUUUACAUUAUCUGCCACAAGUCGACUGUAUAAUAUAUAUGGAAAACGGUGAAAUUGCUGAACAAGGAACUUAUGAAGAAUUAAUGAAUAAUGGGAAAUCAUUUUCAAAAUUGAUUGCUGAAUAUGGUAAAAAUAAAAAUGAUGAUGAAAUAAAAAAUGAUGAAGAAUUAAUAUUGAAAGAAAAAAGUCAGACAUUUGAUUUGCCUAAUGGGUUAAUGUCAACGGAAGAACAAUACAGAGGGACAGUGAAUAAAGAAAUAUAUUUGUCAUAUCUUAAGAAUGCGGGUGGAUUGUUAUCGAUGCUAAUCAUUAUUUUCUUGCUUGUUAUGAUGCAAGGAACAAAUAUUGUAAAUAAUAUUUGGCUUUCAUUUUGGUCUGGCAACACGUUUGACCUUCCAAUAGGACUUUAU